ACACGGCUGAGGCACAGGAGGAAGCGCCAGGCGCGGGAGAGCAGCUGCAGCGGGACGGGCCCUGCCAUGGACACAGUGCCCGUCUACCACGGGGCCAUCACCCGAGAGGCUGGGGAGAAGCUGCUGCUGGCGGCGGGCACGGACGGCAGCUACCUACUGCGGGACAGCGAGAGCAUCCCGGGGGUCUACUGCCUCUGCGUGCUGCAUCAGGGUUAUGUUUAUACCUACAGAGUGUCCCAGACAGAAACUGGAUCCUGGAGUGCUGAGACAGCGCCUGGGGUCCACCGGAGGCUCUUUCGGAAAGUGCACAACCUCAUUUCAGCCUUCCAGAAACCCAACCAAGGCAUUGUAACACCCCUGCAGAAUCCAGUUGUCAACCACGUGAAAGCCAGCUACUCCCCAGGGAGCAAUGAAGGCUAUGACUUCCACCUGCAGCCAUCAUGAGGAUGUCUCCCCAAGUGUGACGUAACCACAUCUUCCAGCAUCUCCUCUAAUCUAUGCUUUAAAACAGAAUGGUUUAUAUGAUAGUAAAUACAACUCUGUGAGUUUUCUUGUAACAUUUGCAGAAAUGUGUAUUUCAUAGAAUUUAUUGCUCAAGAUGUAGACAUUUAGAUUUCAGAGUACUUUGAACUUAG